AUGUACUUGAACAAGCAGCCGCUCCUGGCCACAUGGCUAGCGCUGGUCUUUGUCACACUUGUAUCCUCAUCUGCGCCCUCUCCACCCUGGAUAUCACCAGCAUGGUUCGAUGACAGCGAGAGCGCGCAGAAGCCCAUCGACAAACCUCUAGACGUAGCAAACAGACCGGGGAUAGGCUACAUAGCGCUGGGCGACUCGUACGGCGCAGGUAUCGGGACCGAAUAUGAUGGCGAUGAGAACAAAUGUCGGCUGGGGAACCAUGCCUACACCAGCCUCAUCUACAGAGACCUCGUCAAGGCCUGGGAGGACGCCGGCGGCGGCAGUGACGGCACGCCCCGGCCCGUGUUUCAGUGGCGCAGCUGCACCGGCGCGACAUCCUCGGAUCUGCUCGGCCAGGGCGGACAGAUAGCGUCCAUCAACAGUUCGCUUCCGCUUUCUUUCGCUACGCUGUCCAUCGGCGGCAAUGACUUGGGAUUCUUUGAUGUCAUCAAUUCGUGCAUAUUCCGCUUCUACGGCUUCUACUCAGGCACCUGCGCCGCCGCCAUCCGGCGCGCCACGAACCUUCUCGACAGCCCAGCCUUUGAGCUCAGCCUCGAGAUGGCGCUCCUCUCGCUCCUCGACGCGGCGCGCUGGGAACAGCACCCGCGGUUCGCAGUGAUCGUGACCGGCUACGCGCGCUUCUUCGACGCGCGGACCUCGGCCUGCGACGACCGAUCGCUGGGCGUGUGGAUCGGCGGACCCAAGCUGUCGGCGAGGCUACGGGCGCGGCUCAACGGCCUCGUCGACGCCGUCAACGCCAGGCUGCGCGACACAGUCCGAGCUGUAAACCUGAGGUUCGCGUCGCCCCGGCAGAGGGUGCUGUUUGUCGACUACGAUGAGCAGUUUGAGGGUCAUCGGUUCUGCGAGCCGGGGGUGCUGGAGCCGGAUUACCAGAGGGAUGAUACUUGGUUCUUUCUGGUGGGUGGCAAAGAUAAUGGGGGCAGUGGUGGUGACGGUGGCGAGGUCGUGGAGGAGGAGCCGUGGCCCCUGAAGCCCCCGGCAGUCGAUCCGGAUACCUGUCUCGGGCCGGCGAGGGAUUCGGGAGAUUGGGGUGCUUUGGCCGUCUGCUACAUAGCCAUGGCCAAGCAGAGGGAUCCCAGCCUGCGGCUUGCUCGACCUGUGGUUGUGGACGGUGACGAUGAUGCAUCUGCACAGUAUACCUCGGUAUACUACGCCAAGACCUUUCAUCCGCGGUCGCUUGGACACGAGGCUAUCAGGGACGCUGUCUACCGCGAGUGGAAAAGGGUAUUUGAUGAGGAUUUGGUGCACAGCCAGGAGUGA